UGGCGCUUAGAUUGAAUUAAGCCAGAAUGCUCCGAGUUUGCCGCGGAGCAGUCGGUCGCAAUAUGUGUUCUGCUCCGUCGUAAUCUCGUCUACUCAGGGAUAAACCACUAUUAAUACUGCAAAGAUCUGGAUUACAGUAACAAGCCAACUCCACUCAAAUAAUCACUCAUGCACUAACUAACGUCGUUAUACAACACAUUUUAAACUUUUAAAAUAAAAAAGGCGUACAAGUUAAUUAUUAAAAAAAAAAAAAAAAAAAAAAAAAAAACAUUGGUGCCACCCUCUGCCUCCACCAGAACUAAAAUGGAGAAAUAUGCAAAUAGCAGCAAAAGCAAAAGAUCUCCAACAGAAAGUAUGCAAAGACUAGAAAGAGAAAAUGAUAAUUCGGAUUUGGUUUUUGGAUCUGCACUCGUUCCAGUUAACUCCAGUACUCCAUAUUCAGAUGCAACUCAAACAAAGAAACACUCUCCGGGCCAUAUAAAAAGACCCAUGAAUGCAUUCAUGGUGUGGAGUCAAAUGGAGCGACGAAAAAUCUGCGAAAAAACACCAGAUUUACAUAAUGCGGAAAUAUCAAAGGAAUUAGGAAGACGAUGGCAGCUUUUGGCCAAAGAUGAUAAGCAGCCUUACAUUAUUGAAGCCGAAAAGCUGAGAAAACUUCAUAUGAUAGAAUAUCCAAAUUAUAAAUAUAGGCCCCAAAAGAAACAAUCGAGACUGUCGGUUGUUUUAAAGCAAAAUCAGGAUGUAGAUAUCGAUAUUAAGCAAGAUUUCCACAAUAUAACAACACCUGUUGCAAUUAACGGAACAUACACUGCCGGUCGAAAAAAUAAAAGAUCUACCUCUACUUGUCAAUCUGGUACACUGUCGAAACGGCUGAAAAGCGAUUCAGGUGAUAAAAUAAAAAAUAAAUACGAUAAAAAUACCCCCUCCGAUUCAUUCGAUGUUGGAAUCCCACCAGAAGAGAAUUAUAUAAAUCUCCAGUCAUCCGAGUUUGUACAUACAAAAAAUAGAAUUGAUUGCGGUGCGAUGCAGCUGCAUAAUUCUGAAGACAGCACAGUUAAACUGGAAAAUAUAUCGGAUAUAAACCUCGUUAAUACACAAGAGAAUAUGUCAGAAGUUGUUCUUAAAUAUUUUCAAUUUUUCGACAAUUCACCGAAAACUGAAGACCAAUCGCUAGAAGUGAACUUACCGUCUAAUAGUCAAGGUGCUAGCCAACAGGUCUUAAAUAUAAUAAGAACUCAGUCAAAUUUUGAUGAUUGCCAAAACGUUGAUGAACCUGUAUUUGAUUCUGAGGAAAACAUUGUAAAUGAUGCAAAUUUGCAUUCAGCCAGCCAUCAUUUCCUUUCCAAUGUGCCAGAUACGCACGAGUGUUUCGCUGAAGACUGUGGUUUGGAAAGCAUAUCCCAACAGCCGUCCUUUUCAAUACAGCCCCAAACUGUUACAAUGAACAUUGAAAUACAUAAUAGUUCUCUAACUUAUGGAGGGCAAACAUUCCAAAAUGAAGAGUUCAACCCAAUUCCAUCGGCAACCGAAGACAGCGACUGUAGUAUUCUAACUUCUACACAUUCGCCACAUAUUGGAUUUUGUAGUAGCAGUAUAGACAACCGUUUGGUGGAAUCUGAAGGUAUUGCAAAUCCAUGUUCAUAUUCUACCCAGGACUACAGCGGUAAUUUAAUUGGAGCACAUAAUGAUCUCAACUACUCAGUACAUGAAAAUAACGGAGCUCUACUGGCAUAUACUUUUGAGGACGUGCCGCCUCAGCCAACUGGUAGUCAUCUAGAAUUUAAUACUAACAGAUAUGAGUUUUCAAGUUUAUACAAAAUGUGAGCUAUAGAAUGUGAGAAAUAUUUAAGAUUUGUGUAAUUUUAAAAAAUAUGUUUUUACGUUUAUAAUUAUACACCAAAAUAUAUACACAUAUAUAUAUAUAUAUUAUAUAUAGAUAUUAUAUACACAAAUAUAUAAGCAUAAGUAUAUAUAUACAUACAUGUAAACGAACAAUAAAAUGCUUUGCAUUAAACUAAAUAUUAGUCGA